GGAGAAGAGAGGGGUAUAGAGAGGGUGGCGGGUUAAUUAAGCUGCUAAUGGAUGGGAGAGAAUGGCCGGGUUCUCUCUAGGCGGAGGCCGCCGCGGCAGCGAAGGAGGAGAAAACGAGCAACAACACCAACACGCAGCAGCAGCAGCAGCCGCCGCCGUGAUCCCUCCCGACAGUCUCUUCCUCUUCGGCGGCGGAACCAAUCAGCAGCCGGACAUCUCCUACCCCCGGGGCUUCGAAUUAUGGCAGCACCACCACCACCCCCAGCUUCCCUCGUCCGCAGCAGCAGCAGCAGCGCUCAUCGGCUUUUCUUCUGACCAUCAGCUGCCGGCCGGGAGGAUUGUAAUGAGAGGAGGAGGAGGAGGAGGGCGGAGCGGCGGUGCUGCUGCUGCCGGCAGCAGCGGCGGCGGCGGAGGGGGAGGGGUGAGCUGUCAGGACUGCGGCAACCAGGCGAAGAAAGACUGCGCGCACAUGCGGUGCCGGACGUGCUGCAAGAGCCGGGGCUUCCAGUGCCCCACCCACGUCAAGAGCACGUGGGUCCCCGCCUCCAAGCGCCGCGAACGCCAGCAGCAUCUCGCCGCCGCCGCCGCCGCCCUCCACAACCCUCGCCGCCUCGCCGCCGCCGCCGCCGCUCCCGACACCUCCAAGCGGCCCCGAGAAAUUUGCCCCCGCCCCGCCGCAACACCCGCCGUCGCCUCCGCAGGGAUGGAGGGAGUGAGUUUUCCGGCGGAGGUGAGCUCGCCGGCGGUGUUCCGGUGCGUGCGGGUGAGCACGAUGGACGAGGCGGCGGCGGCGGCGGAGGACGAGCUGGCGUACCAGACGGCGGUCAGGAUCGGCGGGCACGUGUUUAGGGGAAUUCUUUACGACCAAGGGCCCGAACCGUCGUCGUCUACGCCGCCUGCAGCUGCUCUCGCAGCGGCGGCGGCGGCAGUGAGCGGGUCGAUGGCGGCAGGGCCCAGCGCAGUUGUGUCGGCGGGGAUGUUGGAUGCGCCGAAUUUGUCGUCGUCGUCGCUGCAGUAUCCGACACCUCUCAGUGCUUUCAUGGCUGGUACUCAGUUCUUCCCACACCACCCUAGACCAUAAUAGUUGAGAUAAUAACACGUACCCUAGCAAAGAGAGAGAGAGAGAGAGAGAGAGA